AUGGUCAACAAGGUCAUUCAAUUGUCUUGCGGGUGUAACGAAUACCCCUGGGGCCGCUCUGGUCGCGAAUCGAUUGCAGCAACACUCUGUGAGAAGACGCCAGGCAAUGGCUUCAAGCUUGACGAGAGCAAGCCUUACGCUGAAAUGUGGAUGGGCACAUACCCAACAUUACCGUCAUACGUUCUCGAGACCAAGGAAAACCUCCAAGACGUCCUCGACAAGCACUCAGACGAGCUUAUUGGACAGCAAGUCAUAAAGAAGUUCGGUCACACAAAGCUACCUUAUCUGCCCAAGGUCUUGUCGAUAGCAAAGGCAUUGCCCCUGCAGCUACACCCAAAUAAGGACCUCGCUGCAAAGCUACACGCAAAAGACCCCGAACAGUUUACCGAUGCCAACCACAAGCCUGAGAUCGCACUGGCGCUCGGACCUUUCGAGGCCUUCGUCGGCUUCAAGCCAUUGGCGGAUAUCCAGAAGCUGAUGGAGCUCGAGCCUCUUCAAAAGUUCCUUCCAGAGACUAAGAAGCCAGUCUUCGACGACCAGAUUCUCAAGCAUGUUGUCGAGACUAUGCUCAAAGCAUCCGAGGAGGACGUGCGCAAGACGAACGACGCCCUUCGGAAGCUCCCCAAAGAGAAAUUCGGCACGGCAACCUACAUCCCAGAGCUCAUCCCCCGUCUUUCGGAGCAGUACGACAAGGCUGACAAUGGUACUCUUGUCGCGCUCGCCACUAUGAACUACAUGCAACUCAACGAGGGCGACAGUAUCUACAUUCCAGCUGACGGCAUUCACGCAUACUUAUCUGGCAACAUCAUCGAGUGCAUGGCACGAUCCGACAAUGUUCUCAACACCGGCUUCUGCCCUCGCGCUGAUCGCAACAAUGUCGACACAUUUAUCGGCUGUCUGACGUUCAACCCACACGACACCAGCGAAGCACUCCUCAAGCCACGGAUGUUCGAUGGCAGCAAGAACGGCAACACCCAGAUCUACGCACCACCAAUGAGCGAGUUCAACAUGCUCGUGACUACUCUUGGUGAUGGUGAGAGCGACACAGUCCGUGCGAUCAACGGCCCCAGCGUCAUGAUCUUGACCGAGGGCGAGGGUACGCUGAAAGCAGAUGGCAAGGAACACAAGUUGAGCGAGGGCUACAUCUUCUUCAUUGGUCAGGGAACCGAGUUGGAGUUUUCGGCUACUAAGAAGCUGAAGGCAUUCACGGCUCAUGCCGAGUAA